CUAAUAUCCCCCGUCAGGCAAGCGCCAGCUCAACCGAGUUUGCCGUUCCCGUCCGUUCCCGGCUUGACAUCCUCCCGGCUUCGGUCUCAGGCUGCCCUUCUAGCCAGGAACGGCCGCAAUGGCUCUUGAGGCUCCCUUGAGAUCGUCAACGGGAAGUCUCACCUCAGGAUACUCGCCGCACACAGACAUGUCACUCUCGACGGGGCCAGAGUCACCUGCCCUGCCUCUCCAGUACAUGGCCUCCUCCUCGGCCGACUCCCAGUCCCUUCGUCCCAAUUCUUACACGAGACCAAGCUCGGCGCAUCUCAUGAGCCCGAGCAGCGAUAUCGUCGGCCCUUCUCCCGUGACGUCAAACGGGACCGAAACCACCGAGAUCGAGGACGAGGCAGCUGAGAAUGCCGAGGAAGAAAACGGCAAUGCGCGCCAAUCACUUACGAUGCUGAGGACGAACAUCCCAGACCAUAUCCGAAGGCCUCUGAGCGAUGAGGUUGUCUCGGUGAUACAUGCCCCCCCGAGCUUUCAGAACUGGUCCGGUGAUGCUGCCUCGAAAUCCACCGUGUCCAAUUCAGCGAGCGGCGCCAGCGCGGAAGCCACCGACGCGAGUAGUCCUCCACCUAGCGAGCCGUCCACCAUAACAUCCCCGGGCCAGGUGCAGCCCACAGUCGACACCAAGGUGAAGCCGGUGAGCUUCGGUGUCGAUGCCCCAACACCGCAGGCUCAGAAACUAGAAGACGUCAUUGCGAAUGAUACAGCGAAAUUGCGAUCGAGCACGGGCGGCAGUCUAGAAUUAAUCCCGGAGAGGCACGAAGGAGACGGUGAAGACGACUUCGAUGAUGCCGAUCCGUUUGCCAACCCAGCACGAGGCCAAGACAGCGAAGUCAAAGCACUCAAAGCGGCCCUUGAAGAGUGCUGGACGCUGUGUAACACGCUCGCCAACCUCAGCUCGAUCCAUCGAGAACGCGUAUUCAACAGCUCAGGAACUCCAGACGCCCAUGAGAGAGCUUGGAAGAGCUGUUGGAAGCUCUGCAAGCGGCUUUAUCAGAGCCGAGACGACAUUUCCGAGUCGUACGGUGUCCGGACGAAUCUCGACCUGUGCCGUGACUUCUGCCAAGCGCUGUUCGAUGUACGCCAAAGGAAGGACGAGACCGCCGAUUCCAUCUUGAGAGUUAGCUUUGAGCUCAACAACCAUCUCUACAGUGCUCAGGACAGCCGAUCACUCCCCGAGGCCUUCAGAGAACGGACCUUGGAUUUCUACAUCACACUAUGCCACCGACUGAUGAAGCAGCGCAGCGACCUUGCUGAAGAAACCGACUCGCUCUUACGGGCCUGUUGGUCGCUAGCCGAGAUGCUCUUCAGUUUGCGGCAGAACCGCAGAGACGGCAAAGCUCCCGACGAGGAGCUGCUCGGGUCAGCCGUUCAGGCGUGUUGGGAGCUCUGCGACAUCUUCCGCGAGGGCUGGACGCAGAUCCGGCCAGAUCGUGGCACUCCAAGGCCGAAUCAGAUCAACUUCUUCGCCGCCGGUCCGCCGUACGGCCUGCAAGGGAUGGGCAGCCAUCAGUCCGAUUCGGCCCGCUCCAACGCCGGCAGCCGUGCGUCACUCCACUCGAAGCGCGAGAGCCUCCGCAGCUUGGGUGAUAUUGACCGACCGCGUCCGCAUCCCGUCGUGCCCGAGACACCCGUCACCGAGUUCGAGGACACCCCCGUUUCUCCCGACGCGAGCCCGCAGAUGCCCAACAUUCUAGUGCUCGGUCCCUCGACAGACUCGCGCAGCGACCGUGGCGGCCGCUGGUCCAGCAAUGCCUCGAACCUCUCGGGCUAUACCCAGAGCAGUCAGCAUACUUCCAGCACUGCCACCACUACCACCGCCGUCGAGGAUAUUAAUGUCACCCGCGUUAAGGCCCUCAUCGUGAAGGCCGCCAUGAAUGUCGGUUUCAAUCGAGAUGCUGCUGCAGCUAAUGGCACCGGCGCCGCGGCCUCGCUGCAGUCGUUCGUGAAGAGUCUACCUACGGGGUCGUUCGGCUCCUUGCCCAGCCACGCAACGCUGCUGCAAGGCUACAAAAAUCUGGUUCUCAACGACACGUCGUUCCGGCCCACAUCCAGUCUCCCCCCACGCGGAAAACGGUUCACGGCCGCCGAGAUUGCCAAGAGCGUUGGUUGGAUGACACUGCGGUCCGGCCAGUACGGCUUCUUGAGAGACCUUUUCAAGCUGGUCUUCGGUGUCCAGCCCGAGGAAGCCGAGACGAGGAAGAAUAUUUCAAUCACCAUCUAACGUGGCAAAGCAUACCCUUAUACCCUCUUGGGGCAGCAGAAGUUCGCGACUCAGCCGGUUCCACCCUCUCAAAUCGGCGUGUGGUCGAGCCGAGAACAAGCCCCCUUCCCUGACCCAACAAGCCGGGAAUCUACGUUUUCCCGUCUCGCUGGGUCGUCUGUAUCACCUCAGCCGCCAACGGAUCGUCUCUGUGCCUCGCCC